AUGAAUCAUCAUAAUAUGAUCAAUUACAGUAUCAUCAAUCACAGUGGUUCAUUGUCUAUUCCAUCAUCUUUCAAUCGAAUUACCUCAACAUGGUUUAGAAAUGAAUUUAAUAAAACUCUUGAAGAAGAACAUAUCAUGAAAACAGAUUCGUUAAAGAAAUUUGAAGAAACUGUAUGUACCAUUAUUGAUUCUUCUACUCAUUGUGGCAUGACAAAACCAAUGCAAUUAGCUUCAUUAUUCGAUGAACUUCUUACUGAUCUUCGUUCAGCUGUACAAGGUUUACAAGAACGUCAACAUGAACAGGAUGCUAUACUACAUGCAUUUGAAGUUUCAUUUCUGUAUCGUUAUCAUAUUGUUUUACCAAUAAUUCGAUGUCAUUAUCCAAAGAUUCGAUGGUCAGAAAUUGUUAAUAUUGUUAAACAAACUUCACAUAAUUCGUUAGAAUCAGCUCAUCGUCCACCAUCACCAAAGAUUAUGGCAAAACGACGCGAGUUGCAAUCACUUUGUUCAAUUGAUCUGGAUAAACUUGUCCGUUUAUCAAAUGUACGCAACGAAGUGAUGCACAUCCAAAUUGCUAAUAUCAAUGAACAAAAAAUAGUUAUGCAAGUUGGUGGAAAUGCUAAUGCUGAAGCAUUUUGUCAACAACAUGGUUGUGAAACAAAAGAUAACCAACAAAAAUGUAGUAGUCGAGCUGCACAACUUUAUCGUGAAAAACUUCAUCAACUUGCUACUAAAGCAAUGAAACAAUAUGGGACUAAAAUAAUGAAAUAUUAA